AUGACGGCUGAGAAGAGUGGCCCGGUGAAGAACGGGAAAGCAGAUGACUCCAAAGACGGGGACAGCUCCUGCGCCACCUCUCAAGAGGGAGUGGUAUACCUCGAGCGAGGCCAUUGGAACAACAAGAUUGAGUUCAUCUUGUCUGUGGCUGGAGAGAUCAUCGGUCUGGGGAAUGUGUGGAGGUUCCCCUACCUCUGCUACAAGAAUGGAGGAGGUGCGUUCUUCGUCCCGUACGUGAUCUUCUUCAUCUGCUGUGGAAUCCCUGUGUUCUUCCUGGAGACAGCUCUGGGGCAGUUCACCAGCGAAGGAGGCAUCACCUGCUGGAUGAAGAUCUGCCCGCUGUUCGAAGGGAUCGGAUAUGCCACGCAGGUGAUCGAGGCCUACCUAAACGUUUAUUACAUUGUCAUUUUGGCGUGGGCCAUUUUCUACCUCUUCCAAUGCUUCACCACGGAGCUGCCCUGGGCCGGCUGUGGUCACUACUGGAACACAGAAUACUGUGUGGACUACUACGGUGAGAACGCCACCAACAUCACCAACAACCCUAACAUGAGCUCGCCCGUCAUCGAGUUCUGGGAACGUCGUGUGCUGAAGAUCUCUGAUGGUAUCGAACACAUGGGCGGCGUGCGCUGGGAGCUCGCCAUGUGUCUGGCCUUUGCCUGGUUCAUCUGCUACUUCUGCAUCUGGAAGGGCCCCAAGUCCACGGGAAAGGUGGUGUACGUGACGGCCACGUUCCCCUACGUGAUGCUGCUGGUCCUGCUGAUCCGAGGAGUAACGCUGCCCGGAGCCUUCGACGGGAUCAAGUUCUACCUCUACCCCGACAUCUCCCGCCUGUCCGACCCCCAGCUGAAGAAAGAGAGACACAUGGGAAACUGUCCCCUCACAUGUCUGUGCGGGACAGGACUGUUCUGA